UACAUUUCAUAAUUAUUUAUAUGUCAAACUAUUAUCCGUACUACAGUACUAUACCCGUUAGACAUUAGCAUGGCAACUACCAUCACUAUAACCAAGCCUAAUAGUCUAUAUGAGCAGGGUGAGGUUAUGUAGGUAACCGGUGACGGGUGGACAGUGACUAGGUUAUACAUCUUAGUGACCAACGUGAUAUAUCGAUGGUGUCGAUGGAGUAUUUGCUACAUAAGCUGAACCGCAAUAUCGGGAAAAGCAAUUCAUUGCAGAUAAUAGUGUUGGCGAUCGCUAUUCACUCGUGUGUUUCAAUUGUUAUGAUUUAUGUUCAUUUGGUUUACUAUUUUGACACACAUUUCAGUAAACAUCAUUCAGAGCACAAUCACUCAAAUGUCGGCAAAAUUGCAUUCAUUACUAGCGAUCAAGAAUUGCCACUAAAUCUCAUUCAUAACGAUAUCAUUAAAUCUAAUAAUAUCUCAGACAUGGGAUGGUUUAGUGAUCACUCCAAGUGGAAAGUUUCGGUCAACUGUUUCAAUAACCACUGGUCCCUAUGCUCUCAAAUUUUGUCCACAAAAUGCAAAGCAGACAGGAGUCGGGCGAUGUAUCAGUUCAUACCAAUCAGACAUGAUUUCAAUUUAUAUGAUAUAGGCAUGAGUUUGAGGGCCACUGCAGACCAACUUCAGGAACAGAGCAAUGAAGCCUUCUAUGGAAUGAUAGUCUUAAUUAAAUUUGAGGACAAUUCACAGGAAAUCAUUCGAUUGCAAUUCACAUCAGAAGUGGAAUUGUGGACUAAAAGGAAGCAUCGAUUUCAUAACAAAUUUAAGAAAAGGAUUGAAUCGAUUACAGUUAUGAUCACAUGUUUUGGUUAUUCUGGAUCUGUUUCUUUCACUGAUAUAAGAGUUUCACCAAUUGCAGAAAAUAGUAAUAUAGAGACAACUGACCGGAUCGGUCGUUGGUGUCAUAAUUCAUACAAACCCGUCGAUACAAAUGUGAACUUAAAAUUUGAAAAAAUCGUGUUAUCUUUAGCCCCAAUUCCUAAGUCUCGAGUCAAAUCUGACGUUACAUUUGUGACACAACUAUCGAUGGAUAGAUUGAUAGUCUUAGAGCGCAGUUUGCAGUCAUGGGUCGGACCCGUCUCUAUAGUAAUCUUUAUUCCCGUUAAGAAUCGCGGAGAAGGCAUACAAGAGUGGCACAGUCAUGUGAAUCUAGUGUCAGGACUCGAAAGCGAUGACUAUCCCAUCAAUUCGUUGAGAAAUGUCGCUAUAAAACACGUUAAGACAAAGUUUAUGUUCAUAUCUGACGCAGACUUUCAGCCCUGUCCUGACUAA